AUGGCGAAGCGGAUGCGAUUUUCAAAGAGCUCCGAGUACCAGCCCCUCGACAUCCACGACCACCAAGUUGAUCACAGCCGAUGGGAACUUUGCCGUGCUGGGAAGCUAUGGAAUGUCCGCCGCACGGAAUCAACAGAAUGGGGGUCACCACAUGCUGCUGCUGUGAGAGCCCUGGUCGAGACUGAGGUGACAGAGACAAAUAUCGAUCUUCUGCGCACCUUCCACCCUGCAUUUUCUAGCAGUGAAGGAGACUUGGUGAAACUUCUGUGCCGGCCUGACGAUUCGCGCGCAUGGGUUGUUUUUGAUGCCACGGAACCCAUUCCGUACACACGUGUUGGAGGUCUCCCCAUUCAUUCCAUGCCAACCUUUGAAAACUAUCCCAUCGGGGUCCUGAUCCCCGGAGGAUGGGCGCGUCGCGACCUGUUUCACCACUCCAUCAAUCCACGUCGCCUUCUCAGCAACGAAGACCUGGAUCGGUUUCGCUUGAUGUAUCCUCGGGCAUGCGGCGCAAGAGUCCUCCUAAGCGGUGUCAUUCAAGUUCUCUACCCUACAAGACAAGCCAUGAAUUCGGACUUGAAAGAAUACGUCUCCUAUAAGGCCGCGGGGAUACAAGUUUACUUCGACAUCAUGGACUGCCAGCCUUCCCAGACAAGUAUCGAGGUUGGCCAGUCUAUCAUAGCAGAUCCAAUUUCGCCGAAAUCAACAUCCUGCAUAGGAUUAAGAGUCAUUUUGCCUGAUAACAGCCCUGCUAUUACGACGGUAACGCACGGAUUUGUUCGCUGCCCAGGUGUUGCCGGUUUUGUCGGACGCACUGUGGACUACCUGUGGACGAUCAAAGAUGCACUGACGAGAUUUCAAACGGUAUCGCGCACCAGAUUUUCUCUACCGUACGUGGGCCCCCAGCAAACGCCAACAUCAAACACUUCACUGGGGAAGAAGGUGUGGCUUUGUGGCAAUGCCAAGCUUCUAGGAACGAUAUCCGCCACGUUCGAUUCGCCCAGCAAUUGCAAUCCGUACCCGGCUGGCUAUUCUCAUGACCUGUCGUUUAUCUCUGCGGCUUCAGACCGCAAAGAGGACCAGCUGCCCAGGGUCGACUCCCCAGCCGGGCUGCCCAAAGUCGAUGGGUGGGCUAGGGUUACCGAAGCUUUGGAGGGCAAGCCCUUGUUUAUUACCUCCACUGUGGCCUACUCAGAACGCGACACGAUUCACGGGGAGGUCCUAGAUGAGGGAACAAGGAAUCUGCUUCAGAAUCAUACGAAAGAGGUAGCGGCCGAAGGUACCCAGUACUCUUGGGACCGAGACACUUUAAGCCAAUCCGUUGCACUGCUUUGGCGCGUUGUCCCAGAUCCGAAAACCGUUGCCGCUGCCACGACAAAAUCCUUAAAACAGGACCUGGACAACUACGACCGCAGUGUUACUGGACACUCAGGUAGUGUCGUAUGUUUGGGCAAGCCGACAGACAAGACUGUUAAAGCCCUAGUAUUUCAAAACUUUCAAACAUGGCUUUCAGCAGGGGAAACAACAACUAUUGCAGGCGGAAAGACGUUUUCUAAACUGGUGGGCUUAAAGGGAGGAUUUGUGCUGCCUACUUUUCUCUACGACAAAUGCACUUUGGACCAUAAUAUUUGCGGCCUUCUAAAUACUGAGAAAAGAUUUGCUACCCUCCCUACCCACCGACAAUCAACAUCUUCUGGUCGCCGUAGCUUUUCUGCAGUGGUUUAA